GAUGCUAACGUCUUGCAAAGGGGGAGGAGUCAGCUCGCAGCUACACUGACACGUAAGAAUCCCUGCGUAAAGAAAUUUAAGGUAGAAGCUACAUCUUUUCUAAAAGUUUAAUGUCGAUACAGUCGCUUCGCCUCAGACUCCAUGUGUAGUUGACCUGACCUGAAGCAGGUGUCUGUUGGGACGCAUUUUGACGCGACGCGGCACACGGAAGACACACGGCGACGACCCACAAGAUGAGAUUUUCAGCGUUUGCUUCUGUUCUGCGCUCGGUCGGCCCGGUGGUAAUCGGUAUUUCUUUGGGCUUCACGUUGAGUUUACUGAGUGUGACCUGGAAGGACGAAGUGUGUUCCCUAGACGGUCAUAUGGGCGAACUUGUGCCCAACGAGCAGGAUGGACAGCUCAAAGGAGCCCGAAAGCCCAACUCCAUUGCGAACAUCAACGAUGUGGAGCCCGAAGAGGAUUUUGAACCGAGAAUAGUCCCAUAUAAACAAGUCCAACAGAGUGCCUCAAACAAAGUUUUCAGGGCUAGAUACGUAAGCACGGAGUUGGGGAUGCGAGAGCGUCUGUUCGUCGGCGUCCUGACUUCCAAAAACACCAUAAACACCUUAGGUGUAGCUGUCAAUCGCACCAUUAGCCAUCACCUGGACACCGUCAUCUUCUUCACUGGCAUGCGCAACCGCAAAGUCCCUCACGGCAUGUUCGUCAUUGCUCACGGGGACGAGAGACUGAUAUGGAACAUGUUUCAGAACAUCAAAUAUGUUUUAGACCAUUACAUCAAUGAAUACGACUGGUUCUACUUUGUCCAAGAUGACACCUACACAGAAGCUGACAGGAUCAAGUCCCUGGUGGAUCACUUGAGCAUGGAUCGAGCGCUGUACAUGGGCAGUCCUGAGGAGUUCAUAGGGGGCGAGACGGAGGGGAAGUACUGCUAUGGAGGGUUCGGGUACCUCCUGUCACGUACUUUGCUUCUGCGACUCCAGCCCUUCCUGGAAAACUGCAGGAAUGACAUUCUGAGCGCGAGGCCUGACGAGUGGCUCGGAAGAUGCAUCAUCGAUUACACGAACACAAACUGUGUCAGGGAACAUGAGGGCUUUCAGUACCACCAUUAUGAGCUGGGAAAAAACUCCGACCCUAGUAAAGAGCCCAGUGAAGAGUUCAGGAAUGCUCUGACUGUCCAUCCAGUGUCUGACCCUGAACAGAUGUACCGGCUACACAGAUACUUCACUGAGAUUGAACUCCAGAAGACUUACGAUGAGAUCGCUAAGCUGCAGGCAGAAAUAAAGAAUGUGAGCGUGGUUGCCUUUGAGGGAAACCGAAGCUCCCACUGGCCUGUCGGGGUCAGUCCACCUUUUGAGCCGAAAUCUCGGUUUGAAGUCCUGAAGUGGGAAUAUUUUACAGAGGAUGAGAUUUAUUCAUGUAUCGAUGGCUCUCCCAAGUGUGAACUGAGUGGCAUUGAUCGCAUUGACGUGGCUGAUGUGAUUGACGUAGCCAUGGGAGAGCUGAACAAGAAGUACAAGCCUGUCCUCCACCUGAAGAAGCAGCAGCUGAUUAAUGGGUACAGGCGCUUCGACCCCACCAGAGGCAUGGAAUACACCUUGGACCUUCAGGUGGAGGCGGUUAACCAAAAAGGUCGUAGCUGUUCCAUCACCAAGCGAGUUCAUCUGGUGCGACCUUUGAGUCAGAUUGAGAUCAUUCCCAUGCCCUAUGUCACUGAAGCUACAAGGGUGCACAUCAUUAUACCCCUUACUCUGCAGGACCGGAGCUAUGUUGACCAUUUCCUGGAGGUCUUUGCUGCAAAUGCGUUUGAGACCAGUGAAAAUGCAAUCCUAACAUUCUUGUUCAUUUAUGACCCAGUGGAGGCGCAGCAAGUUAGCCAAAAUGAUAUAUUUGCCAGCGUGAAAGCUCAGAUAACUGCUUAUGAACGCAAAUACCCUACAGUAAAAAUCCCAUGGAUAAGUGUCAAGACAGAAGUGCCGUCCCAGAUCAAAUUUAUGGACAUCAUCUCGAAGAAGCACCCAGUUGACACGUUGUUCUUCUUGGCUACUUCCACCACAAACAUCAAUUCAGAAUUUCUGAAUCGCUGCCGCAUGAAUUCCAUAAACAACUGGCAGGUGUUCUUCCCCAUCCAUUUCCAAGACUACAAGCCUGAUGUGGCCUACCACAACCAGCAGCUUCCAGGCACAGUGGAUCUGGUUAAAGAUGCAGGCCAUUUUGACCGCCAUUCACUUGAAGAAGCGUGUUUUUACAACUCUGACUACAUGGCAACGCGUACAAGAAUGGCCUCAGACGUCCAAGAGAAUGAUGAGAUUCUAGAGACCCUGGACAUCUAUGACAUAUUUGUAAAGUAUUCAGGUCUGCAUGUAUUCAGGGCAGUGGAGCCAGCAUUGCACCAAAAGUACAGCUACCACGCCUGCAACCCACGGCUUAGCGAAGACAUCUACCAUAGAUGUGUUCAGAGCAACCUGGAAGGGCUUGGUUCUCGCUCCCAGCUCGCCAUGAUGCUUUUUGAGCAAGAACAAGGUAACAGUACUUGAACAGGAGCAUCACGUGGAGUACCACCCAUAAGUUACCCCUUACCUCUAAACACAGCCCACGACUGGGACUGUGGAUACAUGUUACCAUGCCUGACAUUCUCCAUCUUUCAGUGUGCAUCAAAGGUUAUUUGGUUUAGCUAGUUUGAAAAAAAAUCAAUGGAAUACAUUCCUAACAAACCCUUUUCUUAAAUGUUUACAACACUUGUCUACACAGAUGAGUCAGUAGAACCAAAUGUGUACUACUCUGACGAUCAAACUCAAACUAGCAGAUCCUUGACGUAGUGCUGGCUUAUUCAGUUGUCAUGUUUAAGGUGUCCACUACACACCCAGUGGACACAGGGCUACAUAGGUAACCCAGUGGAGGUACUGUCCAUGUAGCCUGUGUAAUUCCAGUAUUUAAUGGGAUCUUAUCUCGUUUGGUUAAUUUUCUUCUUGAAGAAAUGUCUUGCUUUCACCCAAUUGGUGCUGGGGAGGUAACAACCAGUGGACUAGCUGGGUACAGCUGCUUAUUGUUUUGCUUUGUUUGGUGGGGGGGGGGGGGGGGGGGGUCUUUAAAUUAGAAACAAAGAGUUGAAAGGGGCAAAAACCUGCAGUGGUUUGCUGCCUUUUGGUAUGAUCAGAAAUUUGAGCAGCAACACUUUCACAUUUAUAGAAUGUCUUUUGGUUUAAGAUGAAAUGUAUUGUAAAAUGGUUGAUGGUUAAAUGGAGCUCCAGUAUGUAGCUGUAAUGCAUUACCGUGUUGCACCACAGGUUGUUUGCUCCUUCAGAAAAGGACAUGAAUUAUUUAGCUUUUGAUAUUUACUGAUUUCAGUAUUUACAAAAGCGCGUCUUUGUGCCUUGACACCGACUUAUCAUAUGAUGACUGUUUGCAAAUUAUGUUGAUGUUACACAGUUAUGCAGUUCACCCCUUCAGGUGACGCACAGCUGAUGUGCUUCAGUAGAAUUUUUGGUAUUGUUACAACAUGAGUGGCUGCUUGGAAUGGGCGGGAUGUUAUCCUUUGUGGACAAAACCUGUUAUGUAGCUGGGAGAGUUGAAUAGGCUGUCACUUUAGCUUAUUUAUCUUUACUUUUUUUUUUUUUUUUUUUUUUUUCUUUACAUUUUUCUAACCACCUACAGGUUGUAUUUGUGCCUCAAAACAGGGAAGGAGUCUCUAAAAAUAUCUUUUGUUGGGCUUAAAAUGCCAUAGAUAAAGUGGUUGUUUUUUUCUCUCCAUGAAAACUUUCGGUGUAAGAAAAUUUACUUGCAGGAGGCAAAUGAAAAGUGUGAUUAAUCGGGAGAAAAAAAAUCACCUUGGUAAAUGUCUGAAGUGAUUGCAUAGGUGUCAUUUUUGUCCUCACUGAAGUAACUGGUACUUUAAAACAGAAUUUAGCUAGUUUAGAAAUGAUAGAAAUUAAGAAUGUAUUGCAGACAGUUUUUAUACCCACAAAGAAGAUGUUUAAGUGUUCCAAAGUAUUUUGGAUUAUAAUGAUAAAUAUUUAUAAGUUAUUGAAAGGUGUUACUGUCCUUCAUCUCCUGACCUUAGAAAUGGUUGCUUUCUCCCAGUUGCAGUACAGUCCAGUGGGAGGCCUUUUUAGUGAGAGGUGGUGGAGAUACUGGUACUGGACACCAGAGAGUUAUUAGUAUAAUAUACUGUGCAAUAUUACAGAUAACACAACUGUAGAGAGUUUGAGGAGAAGAUGUAAUUUUAAAGACAUUUUGCAGCAAGAACAGCAGUGUGUAUAUCACAAUACUGAUCAUGGCAUCACAUAGCAUAAGACUCAUGCUUUCUGUUCACUGCUAGGUAAAUACACUGUAAUUUGUUUUGACAGGACCUUUAAUAUAUUUUGUCAACGAUAGACAUUUUUCAUCUUCAAAUUUACAUUAAAUGCAUCAAGGCGAGUCCUUUUAUUUAACUUUGGUUGCAUUUAAAAUAUAUGUUGGGUCCACUACAUUCACAGCAGUGGUCCUCAGCAGUGUUUUGUGUAUUUUCUGCCAUGUGAACACAGACUAUGGAGGUCAGUUCUUGCUAAAAUUUAAACGCAUCUCUUUCUUGUCGAGAGCAGCUUAUCGUCGUGACAGUGCUCCAGCUGACGUAAUAUGAAUGUCGUUCUCCUUGAUUUUUUUUUUCCUCCAGUAAGACACUAAUAAGGUGCAGAAUUGGAAACUCAGUCUUCCAAAAAAAAAAAAAACAACACUGUGAAAGAUGGAUGGCUGAGAUUAAAACAUGAAGUUACUGUGGUGAUCUGCAUCAUCUUUGCCUUCUGUAUACGUGAGAAGUUUAAAAUUAAGUGAGCAUGGCAGAUUAAUCACCUUGAGUUGUUAACACAGCUAACGUCGCUGAGCGAAGUCUCUUAAGUAUUUUGUCCAUAACUUAUUUGUCAUUUCUCUAUGAAUUAUGCAGCUUCUGAAUACUUCUGCGACAGAGACUUUCAUGACGUUCUUUGUCAGUAUCAUAUAGACUCUAUUUUUAAACCUUUUUUAGCAUCAUUUCAACAGCUCAUAUUUUAUUACUUUUGGUGACGAAAUAAAACAUACUGUAUCUUACUUUGCUUUUGUGCUUUGAAAAUCACGUCAUUUGACAUUGUUAAAUGUGUGUAUUUCACUUUCAGUCUAGUAAUUUGUUUCAAAAUCCAAAUAGAUGGGCUCAUUUUUUAUAUUUCUAUUUGAUGUUUGGGCCUUCUGGUUUACAUUAUUUUCAUGUCUGUGGGUACAAGUAUAACCAAAGCAAUAUUAAAAAAAAUUCUCAUCACAUUCAAGUGUGUGCUGUAAUUCCAAAUGAACUGUGAAUUAUUGUAAUUUUUAAAUAAAGAUUAUUUGAAUAUAAA